CGUCGUUCGAAUCGCCAGAUUCGAACGACGAGCAGACUCUCGUGGGUCCAGAAUCGAUUCCUGCAGUCCUCACGAAGUGGAGGGUGAGGACCGGCUUUGCUCGCAGUAGUCUGAAUCAGGGACCAGGAAGCCUCGUGACCAUUUCUCGUUACUUCGAAGUGGUCAGACACAUGAUCGUGUCAAUCUCGCUGCUCGCUGUUAAGGAACGCCCGGCAGUUUGCGACGAGAAAGAUGACGGGGUUUGAAAGCGGCGUCGCAAUUAUCGAGGAGAUGUACGAGGUCUGAGACCUUGACUUCAGUCUGGUAUUAACGGCCCGGACUUUGGACUGGAUGAAUCCUUGCGAGGUUCGCCCGAUUUUCCAAGAUUAUGAGCUUCGUUGGGGAUGACACACUGCCAAUUCUUAACUCGUUGAUGGCAAAUGAGAGGGCAAGACUCCCGGACCUGUCUGCAAUUUCUUCAGUUGUUAAUAUGUUUUGGCAAAAGGAUGUAAGCAAAGAGCUCAAUAUUGGGGCGUUGUACUAUUUCAGUCCGGAAAAUCUUGAUCUGAAUGCUGAUGGUACCAUGCCCACUGAGAAGGCUGAAGGGGGAUCAGAUGCCAGGUCGAGGACGGGGGCCGAGUAAGGAAUUCCUGACCUUAGCCACUGGUGUUUCGACAGAUUGCCGUAUUCUGGGCGGAGGCGGGACCAAUCUAUUCCAGAUUGCACCUUGAAAGCUCGUCAAGCAAUCAUCUUGCUAUCUUAAUUGCCUUCACCUUCAGAUUAUGAACUAAAUUAAUCCAAUAGAAUCAGGAAUAUAUGUUCCGAGAUCAUAAGCCUCGAUGUUAAUGGAGAACUGGAGACCGUGUACUUUCCGACAUUGUCACCUGUAUUCAGACAUGCAACGCAAGCUUCCACGGCAAUGUUCAGCAACGAGUGCCAGCAGUUGACAGAAUGUUGUUUACUUCAGGCCUGCAGUCGUUGAGUACGCAUCAAGUCACGCUGUCCAAGAUUGGAUUCCAGCCAUAUCAGGGUAUAUGAAGGAAGUAAAGCUUGCAAUAUGAGCCAUGACAAUCCAGUCAUUUGGGCGAGUGGAGAAUAAUCCCUCCGCCCGGACCGGCCAUUUAUCUAUGACACUCUAUUAGCAAGUAACAUGCUAGACGAAGCAAUAGGCAUUAUAUGGGACAAUGAGUUAUUAAAUUAAAUAUAUGAUUGGCUAUCUUAGGGUUUAGGUAUUAUAUGGGACAAUGAAAUAUUAAAUUAAAUGAAAUAUUAAAUUAAAUAUAUGAUGGGA